AUGGCAAUGAAGUUAAGCGAGGAUGCCCUGCUACUGUUGCUCCUUUUAGUUGGAAUACCAGCCAUGAAAACUGUUAUAGCAGAGAGUGUUUAUAUAGUUCAUCUUGAGGAACCAGAAGAGGGAUUUCUUAAUUCUGAUCAUCGCAAAACUUGGCAUUCAUCAUUUCUACGAUAUGAAUCUAGUCUUCUUUAUUCUUACGAGAAUUCCAUUACUGGUUUUGCUGCCAAAUUGAGCGAGGAGGAAGUAGAGGAAAUUAAAAAUGCCCAUGGCGUUUUGCAAGCCUACCCAGAUGCAAUUGUGCAGCUUCAAACCACUUAUUCACCUUAUUUUCUUGGACUUGAUCCUCAGAAAAGUGGUGGGCUAUGGCAGACAUCUAAGAUGGGAGAAGGGAUAAUUAUUGGUGUUCUGGAUGUUGGGAUUUGGCCAGAGAGCCCUUCUUUUCAUGACCACGGAAUUCCAUCGCCACCCUCACGGUGGAAGGGAUUUUGCCAGAAUGGAACUGAAUUCAGUCCCUCCAAGUGCAAUAAUAAGAUCAUUGGGGCGAGGUAUUACAACAAAGGAACUAAUGCGUCUUCCACAGAGUAUGGUAACUCUGCUAGAGAUUCUGAUGGGCAUGGCACUCAUACAUCGUCCAUUGCAGCUGGGAACAGUGUGAGUGAUGCUAGUUUUCUUGGAAUCGCCAAUGGAACAGCCCAAGGAAUGGCUCCAUGGGCUCACCUAGCCAUGUACAAGGUGUGCUGGAAAGCAGGGUGUGCCUACUCAGACAUCCUUGCAGCUAUGGACGACGCCAUUGCAGACGGAGUCGACAUACUCUCCCUCUCUCUCGCAGGGCUCUCUCAUCCCUUCGACCAAGACUUGAUUGCCAUCGGCGCCUUCCGAGCAAUGGACAAGGGCAUUUUCGUAAGCUGUGCCGCAGGCAAUUGGGGCCCAUACCCUGCCACAAUGAGCAGCGAAGCUCCAUGGAUAACCACAGUGGGUGCAAGUACCAUCGACAGAGACGUCAUCGUCGACGUAAAUCUGGGCAACGGAACACUCUUCCAUGCCGAAUCCAUCUACCCAGCCAACACCACAGUCCAAAUAACCGCACCUUUCAUGUACAACCCACUAGAUCCACUCUGUAAUAUUCCAGAUCCAGCACUUGCAGAAGGGAAAAUAUUGCUGUGCGACCAGGGAGCAGUCACCAAUGGCCCACAGGGAGAAGAGCUGCUUUUAAACGCAGGGGUGCUUGGAAUGAUCGUAGCCCAAGGCCCAUUUCAUGCCCAAGAAACUCUAGUCCCGGCUGAUGUUUUACCUUCUGCACGGGUCGGUUUCAAAGAGGGAGAGACGAUGAAGGCCUACAUGAAUUCCACUGUAAAUCCCACUGUUACACUCUCUUUCAAGGGCACCAUGUUUGGAACAAGAAAUGCCCCUGCUGUGGCCUCUUUUUCCUCUAGAGGGCCUAGCCUAGCAAGCCCUGAGAUUCUCAAACCGGACAUUCUUGCCCCCGGUGUUAACAUCCUGGCCGCCUGGCCCUCUAACCUCAAUCCCUCGGGUGUUUCAACAGAUGAAAGAAAAGUCGAUUUCAAUUUCGAGUCUGGGACUUCCAUGGCAACGCCUCAUGUGAGUGGGCUUGCUGGGUUGUUGAAGAGUGUGCAUCCUGAUUGGAGCCCCGCCGCCAUUAAAUCUGCUAUCAUGACUUCUGCAGAUGUCUUGGAUCGUACAGGACAGCCUAUUGUUGAUAGCUCUAAUGGAAGCUUCGCGGAUCUUUUUGCCACUGGUUCAGGGCAUGUGAAUCCUGAAAGGGCAGCACAUCCGGGACUUGUUUAUGAUAUCACUGCUGAUGACUAUGUUGCUUAUCUGUGUAGUUUGAACUACAAUUCUUCUCAGAUUCUCAUGAUUACUAAUAGAAAGGUCGUCUGUAACUCCAGCUUAGCAGGAAACCUGAAUUACCCUUCUUUCCCUGUGGUCUUCAAUAAUACUCAGAACUUUUCGGUUACUUUCCAGAGGACUGUAACCAAUGUAGGAGAUGCCACAGCAAAUUACACUGCCCAAGUCGUGGAACCCAAAGGAAUGAAAGUAUCUGUGAAUCCAAAUCAGUUGUCUUUCACUGCAGUGAGUGAGAAGAAGAGUUAUACAGUUACAUUUGAUGGCGUUUUGGCACCACAGCCUUCUGUUACUGUUUAUGCUGAGGGCUCUUUGAGUUGGGUGUCUGAUGAUGAGAAGUACAAAGUGAGGAGCCCCAUAUCCGUUACAUGGGCAUAA